GGCGCGCACAUGAACGCUCGAGGGAACGAUGGCGCGACUGCCCUUCACACUGCGUGUUUCCAUGGACGCGUUCAUGCCGUCAAAGUCCUCAUCGCCGCGGGUGCGAAUUUGGAAGCGAGGAACCAACAUGGUACUACCCCGCUGCGUUUUGCCCUCCUAAAAGGUCACCGCGAGGUCGCCCUGACGCUGCUCCGCGCCGGCGCGGCCAUCACGGCCUUGCCCACGAAAUGGAUCGAGCCAGCAAACGAAGCCCUUCAGGACCACAUGGUCGACAUCAUCGAC